CACGCCGGGCUGAAUUCCAUCUCCAGCUCCCUUCUCUACCCUCCUCACCCUAGACCGCAUCUGUCCCAGACACACCCUAGAAAGCAUGGCGCGAGAUAGAGACUCAGAUGUUCCUCAGCCUGGACCAGCGGCUUUGACCUCCAAUGCCGGACCAGACGAAUGGUUAGAGCAGGCCAAGCUAUGCCGCUACCUGCCCGAGCCCGACAUGAAACGGCUGUGCGAGAUUGUCAAGGAAUGCCUCAUGGAAGAGUCCAACAUACAGCCCGUAAAAGCGCCGGUCACCGUGUGCGGAGAUAUCCAUGGCCAGUUUUAUGACUUGCUGGAGCUGUUCCAUGUCGCUGGCGGCAUGCCUGGAGAGCUGGACCAGCGAGCGGCGGAGAAGGCGGCGACAGAGCGGGCAGCUGGCAAGAAAAGGAGUAGCAUGAGCAGCGGUGGCGCCAACGUGCCUUCCUUUAGCGCCGCCGACCUUGAGCCUCCCACGCAAAUCACAGACCCGAAAGUCAAGAGGAAGAUGAAGAGGCGAUUCCAGCGAGACAGCGCUUAUACAUCAGCCGCGUCGAAUGAUGGUUCCGAAGCUGGCGCCGACGACGAAGAAGAGACAAGAGGUAGAGUCCGCAGUAGGAGCAUGGGAGAAGGUGACGAUGACGGAGACAUUGAAGACGAUGAGGCGAGCGAAGAUAGCGGUGUUGGCGUCAGGAGCCCUGGACCAGCAAGGAGCAAGAGCAAGAACGCCGUCGAUUAUGCGAAUGGACAGCAGAACUUCAUCUUUCUGGGUGACUUUGUGGACAGAGGAUACUUCUCGCUGGAGACAUUCACACUGCUGAUGUGCUUGAAGGCCAAAUUCCCAGAUAAGGUGACUUUGGUGCGCGGCAAUCACGAAUCUCGUCAGAUCACGCAGGUCUACGGUUUCUACGAAGAAUGCCAGCAGAAGUACGGGAAUGCGUCCGUGUGGAAGAGCUGCUGUCAAGUGUUCGACUUCUUGGCCCUGGCUGCCAUCAUCGAUGGGAAGGUGCUUUGUGUUCAUGGAGGCUUGUCGCCGGAGAUCAGAACUCUCGACCAAAUACGAGUGGUCGCAAGAGCUCAAGAAAUCCCGCAUGAAGGCGCCUUUUGCGAUCUCGUCUGGAGUGAUCCAGAAGACGUAGAUACCUGGGCUGUGUCACCCAGAGGAGCCGGCUGGCUCUUUGGGGACAAGGUUUCGAGCGAGUUCAACCACGUCAACAACCUCCAACUCAUCGCACGCGCACAUCAACUCGUGAACGAAGGAUACAAGUACCACUUCGCAUCGCAAGACGUCGUUACGGUCUGGUCCGCGCCGAAUUACUGCUACCGCUGCGGCAAUGUCGCAAGCAUAAUGACCUUGGGAGAAGACUUGAACCCUGACUUCAAGAUCUUCAGCGCCGCAAGGCCGAGGAGAGUACUUCUUGUAAACGUCGACAUGCAUCGACUCUUGGCGCGCGAUCAUUCUUUCUCAGCACAACCUGCAACCAGUACAGCGAUGACAAAUGCCACACAAAUGCAGACGGUCGGCGUUAGGGAGGACUUGUACAAUACCCUGAACUUCCAAAUGACAAUCAUCGCACUAUCUGCGAGACUAUACCUUCUCGCUAGGCAGUCAAGUUCGUAG